AUGUUACUAGCAACUCCACGUGCUUCGGCACUUGUUCUGUCGGGCAUCCUCUCUCUACUAAUCCCCCUUGUCGCUGCAACAACGAACUCGAAUGCCGUGAGCAUCUUCAAUCUUCCCCUCCAGUCCAAUACCGCCAACUACACAUUCGCCCUGAACAUCCCCGAUGGCUCCACCGACCUCUACUUCCACCUUGCAGGCCCGACUGCAUAUUCGUGGAUUGCAGUCGGAACGGGGAGCGAGAUGGCAAACUCCAUGAUGUUUGUGAUGUAUUCGGAUGCGGCUGGGACCAACGUCACGGUCAGCCCACGACUCUCUUCGGGAGAACAGGAACCAGUCUACUCACCUUCCAUCACCAUCGAACUCCUUGACGGAACGGGGAUAUACAAUGGAAUGAUGACGGUGAACGCUCGUUGUUCAAACUGCACCUCUUGGAGUACUGGUUCGCUGGACUUGCGGUCUACCUCUCAACCAUGGAUUUUUGGCUUGGGACCGACUGGCAGUGUAGCGGCCAUGCUGCAGAGCAACUCCAAGACUGCGAGUAUUGAGAGGCACUCUGAAUACGGUUCGUUGAAAUGUUGGACUCGCCAUUCCAAAAAGAUCCAUGAUGUGCUGACCUGGUGUCGAUUUGUAGGAUCCUUCACGAUGGACAUGGUCCGAGCAACCGGUGGUUCCGGGGUCCUUCCCACUUCUUACAAAACUACAGUGGGCUCGGCAGUCAACGGCGAGAUUUCAACUGACAGCAAUUGGCCCAGUAUCAUCCACGCUUUGUGCCUCUGUGGAGCGCUCAUCCUUCUGAUGCCGACGGGUGUCGUCUUCCUCCGCAUCUCGCCAGGGAGUGUGCGAUGGCACUGGAUCAAUCAAAGUCUCGCAACGGUCAUCGCCGGCAUUGGCAUUGCGAUCGGAUUCUAUCUGAGCACAAUGUACACAAAGUCGCAGUCCUACGGCUCGGCUCACCAAAUUCUCGGAAUCGUGGUGUUGCUCGCGAUUGCGGCCCAGUGGGCUCUGGGGUUUUGGCAUCACUACAUGUACAAAAGAACUCAGUCGCCCACCCCGCUAGGUUCGGUUCACCGCUACUUUGGAUACGUGAUCUUCUUUGUGGCGAUCCUGAAUGGUGGCAUUGGACUCACCUGGUCAUACGCGUCCAAGUCCGUCGUCAUCGGGUAUUCGGUUGUCGUGGCCAUCCUGGGCGCUGGCCUCAUAGCCAUCUUUGGCUGGGCCCGAUGGAUAUCUGCGCGCGACCAGAAAGGCAUGUCACGCAGCCCUUUCGAGUUACGGCCUCUCAAGCGCCGCGAGGAUUCCGAAAUCUGGCAGAGCGGCGACUCAGACAGACCGCCGGCUUAUCACAACAACUACGACCGACUAUGA